CGGCGCGCUCUCGAUUUCGUCGAACUGAAGCCUCGUGGUCGAACCGUCGGUGUCGUUUCACCUCGAACAACAAGGAACUUCAUCAUUUCCCCAUCGCACCACCAUCGACUGACAAGCAAUCGGUCCUUGCAACGAAAUUAACUCGAAAAAUCCGCGCCCGAAAAGCAAAAAUCGCGCCGCGGGUUAAUUGUGUUUACUUUCCGCGAUUUUUCCCCUUUGUCGGUUCGAUGCUUAUCAAAAUUCCGCGCGUGUGAUUUCGGGUGUCGCGUCCGAGGAACCCGAUUGGCGUGACGUUUCGCUGGUAACAAUUCAAUGGUCGAAAAUUGAAUUUCUGAGCCGGUGUUUGUUUUCGCAGGGCCCGUACAUUUUCCGAAGGAUAAUCGAGUUUCCUUUGAUUUCGUGGAACUCGCGAGCCGCGCGGGCGAAUGGCGCGCGUGUGUGGGCUCGUGAAACGAAACGAAGUUCCGUUUCGCGUGUCCUUGCCGAGGUAAACAUUCGAGGGGAGACAUUAAGCACUCGACACCGCGGUGGAACCCCGAGUCCUGGGAAGAAGGCAGGAAGGAAACGUCACCUCGGGACACCGAGCGAGAAAGAUGGAAAAAGUGCUGAACGCGACGUCGUUCCCCACCAUUGAAGGCGACGACGAUAAUUUGUACGUGCCAUACGAUCAGCGACCGGAAACGUACAUCGUACCUGCGGUAUUCAUAUUAAUCCUGGUGGUGGGUGUAACUGGAAACGGAAUUCUCGUGCUCACCUUACUGCGACACGCCAACAUGAGAAACGUUCCGAACACUUACGUGCUCUCUCUGGCUUUGGGCGAUCUUUUGGUGAUCGUGACGUGUGUGCCGUUCACGUCGAUCCUCUACACGAUCGAGUCAUGGCCGUGGGGUCUGGCAGUUUGCAAAUUAUCGGAGUGCGCCAAGGAUAUUUCGAUCGGCGUUUCAGUUUUCACUCUGACUGCGUUAUCGGCCGAGAGGUACUGCGCCAUCGUGAAUCCCAUUCGUCGCCACGUCGCAGGAUUGAGCGCGAAACCGCUAACGAUACUUACAGCUUCCCUCAUUUGGGUCCUGGCGAUUGUCCUGGCGAUGCCAGCUGCUCUUUUCUCUCACGUGCCCACUGUGGAGUUGCAGGCUAACCACAGCAUCCUGAUUUGCAGUCCCUUCCCCGAAGAAUUCGGCGAAAGCUAUCAAAGAGGGAUGGUGCUGUUCAAGUUCCUGGCAUACUACGCGAUACCCCUCUGCGUGAUAGCUGGAUUCUAUCUGGGAAUGGCGCGACACCUUGAACUUUCCACGAGAAACAUGCCUGGAGAGUUGUCUACUGGAGGCCAUCGUAUGGAACAAAUUAAAGCACGAAGAAAGGUUGGAAAGAUGGUGAUCGCCUUCGUGAUCAUCUUUGUAAUUUGUUUCCUGCCGUAUCACACGUUCAUGCUGUGGUUCCACUUCUGCCCGUCGUCCAAGGAGGAUUUCGACGACUUCUGGCACGCAUUCAGGAUCCUCGGCUUCUGUCUGAGCUUCGUCAACAGCUGCGUCAAUCCGAUAGCCCUGUACUUUGUCAGCGGGACCUUCCGCAAGAGAUUCAACGAGUACCUGUGCUGUCGCCUGUCGAAGAGGUCCUUGAGCGUUUGUCGAACGGAAACGACGGGUAGUUUAGAGAGGAACGGUAAUCGUUUGACUCAAAGAAGACGGAUCGGAGGACACGGUGGCCAUUACGAAACCAGUUUCGGAUCUACGUUUCGAAGGCACACUCAGGAACUGAACUCAACCGCUGUUUUCGAGCUGGGGAGCGAGGAGAGGCCUACCUGAGACUUAGGUUGAUGACCCCCCGUAGACCAAUCUCCAGACAUAUUUCUCGGGAAGAGUUCAAAACGUCGCGCUUUUUCUAGAUAGAAUCCCAGCUAUGCAUCACGGCUGAGGCGGUAUCACGUACCAAGCCAAGGACGCGAACAUCCACCUCUGAUAACUGAAAAUAAUGUGCCUAGUCUUUUACUUUUUGCCAUUAUGUAAUAGUUAUUAAUAUUCAUUUUUGCUUCAUUAUCCUGUGCUAUUCGAUUACAUUUUAUUUGUACACUCUGCUAUUCGUGUAAAGGGUGAGAUAUUUAAGGGGUUGCACCAACAAUGGGGGGUAGGAAACAAUCAAAAUUUCUUCUAAAUCUAAAUUUUGUUCUUAUUUCUAUAUUUUCUAUAGAAUUAAUGAUGUAUCUAUUUCUAUUUCUUUUGAUAUAAAUUUUUAUCGGUAUUCGAUGUUAUUUUAAUUUUAUUCUACUUUUGGUUUUAAUCUCUGAUGGAAACAGACACGAAUGAACCUUAGGUAUGAGGACAGUAUCAAUUUGUUUCCGUCAUGCUUGAUGCAAGUGAAUAAAAUAUUUUUACAAAUUUCUUUCAAUCUAAAUUUGUAUUGGUAUUCGAUGUUAUUUUAAUUUUAUUCUACUUUUGAUUUUAAUCUCUGAUGGAAACAGACACGAAUGAACCUUAGGUAUGAGGACAGUAUCAAUUUGUUUCCUUCAUG